AUGUCUGUUUUUGUCACGGUGGGCUCCACAUCUUUUGAUGACCUCAUACGCACUAUGACUUCCGACAAGGUCCUGAGACUCCUGGGUUCCAAGGGCAUCCUCAAGGUCACCCUGCAAGUGGGUCGCGGUGAAUACGUUCCAGAGAACACUUACGGAGAUGGCAAGAUCACCUUGGAUUGGUUUCGCUUCAAGGAUGACAUCACGAAAGACAUCCAAGAUGCCACCCUGGUGGUGGGCCAUGGGGGGGCGGGGACCAUCCUGGAGUGUCUAGGGCAGCGCCGCCCGAUCCUGGUGGUACUCAAUGAGAAACUGAUGGAAAACCACCAGGGGGAGCUGGCAGAGCGUCUAGAGGAGGAGGGGAUGCUUAUCUCUACCACUUGUUCCGGGCUUCUCGUGGCCUUGGAAAAGUUCUUUUCUAAUCCUCCAAAGAUGGAAUCCUAUGCGUCAGAGCCUUACAUGUUUCGUGGAUUCCUGGAGGGAGUGAUGGGAUUCCGCUGA